AUGAUUAUCGUACUCUUUUCAGCACAAUCCUCGACAGUAAAGAUACCCAUAAGUCCUCCCGGUGCCAAACAACCGAUAUUUGAAGAAAAUUUAUCUUCAUCGUUAUCGACCAUUACCGUCGAAGAUAAAUCUCAGCCAUUAUUAUCUAGUAUUGCAACGAAAGAAGAGAAACUAAAACCCUUCUUUUCAACUGACAAUUAUGCAAAUAAACCAUCGAUCUUUGAAAAUGCAUCAAUAAAUGGUUUUGGUAGCAAGUCGAUAUUUGGAAAUACAUCUGAAAUUAAAAACUCAGAUAGCGGAUUUCAUUUUUCGGGUUUCGGAAAUAGUACAACUACAACACCCUCACCACUAACUAGCACAGCCACUGGAUCGAACAACAAUGGAUUUCCAGGUUUUCAAUUUGGAACAAGUUCAUCAAAUUUUAAUAAACCAUUAUUUCAGCCGCCAGCAGCAUUUAGUUUUGCUGAAUUAGCCAAACAAUCACCAAAUAAUAAUGACUCGACAAAUGGAAAUGAUCGAGUGUUUCCUGGGCAAGGCACUCCAGUAUUCGGUUCAACACCAAAAAAGAGUGAUAAUGCUCCUCCGGCUGAUGAGAAUGAUGAUACUGGUGGUGAUCCCGACGAGUCCUAUGAACCAUCCGUGACAUUUCAGCCAAUUGUAAAGUUAGCCGCUGUUGAUGUUCAAACUGGUAAGAAAGAUAUA